CUUUGAGUUUCACAGCCUGCCCUGCUUGGUAAGACAGCCUUAUGCAAUGCACCAACCACAGAUUUCAAUGAGGGAUUACCACCCAAAAUGAUCAGCCCCGCCACUUUUCUAUUUCCUUUCAGCUGCAUCAUCAUCAAUCUUAUUUAUCGUCAUAUCUCUGAACCGACCGUCACGGGCUUCUUAUCCUGCAUCUACGAGAGAGGAGGUCUCUAAAUCACACCUUUUACGAUUCUAGCCCUGCAGACAAGUCAACGGGCUUGCAUCUGCAUCUAUGCUUGUCGCUAAUCCUUCCGGGCGCGACCGGUUCGCCCCGGAUUUCGAGACGAUUUACGAGUACUUCAAACACUCUCAUAGUUCCCAAGACGGCGUCUCCCAGAUGAAGAAGACGUGCAAACUGUCUACCAAAGAUGCUUGUAGCACUUACAUGAUCGGAACAGCUCAUGCAACUUUCACGGCGAACGGUCACGCGUGCUGCGCACCAGAACCGCCAGCCACGGGCUCAAGCUUCGAAACGCUCUGUGUCCACGUCAUUGCUCUCGAUGUCCUCCUACAAACUGCGUACGCGUUAUUGAACGAUCAACGUGCGUAUUCUUUUACGCCAGCUAGCUUUCCUUCUCAAUUUCCUGUCUGGUUAGACGGGUACCUAAAGACGCAUUAUGUUCAUGGCCUGAAUUAUCUCAAUCUCAACAAAGUCAAGACUGUCGCUAGACAAGACCAUACCAGCCCCUCGUACUUGACUAGUUCAAGUCAGUUGGGACACGCAAAUGCGCAGGACAACCCUCCGCUCGGGAUCCGAAUUACGAAUACCGAGCUGGCAUGCAAGCUCCAUGUUAGAUCGGACACAGGUAAUCCAUGCGUAGUUCUGAAUAUGCUUGGCAUCUCGCCAUUACAAAAAUUGUUGUUUCGUUACUGCAGAACUACCUUGAUUCUGUCAUGGAGGAAGAGGCACCAGACAUAUAGUCGAUGGAAUGAAUGUCCUGAGGGCCUCUACUACUCCAACCAUGGUUCGAACAACUUGAACAAAGAUCGAAAGAGCAAAAAUGGAGACAAAUCUAUCUCAAAUGAAAGUCAUGACUUCAAACGUGUGCCGUCGGCAUGGAGUGAAGGGCUUAUAUCGAAGGAAAAGAACACCAUCUGGAAACAACAAGGAAGUGAAGGGGUUCUUCAUUUGGAAGACGAACAAGACUUGAUCCAGGUUUUUAACUUGGAUACAGCUGGGCUUCAAGAAUAUAAGACUUCCGGCUUAGUGAAGGAUAUCUGGAUGGACAGAAAUUACUCAAUCCAGCUUGUAAUGCUCAAAGAGUCUAAUGGGGACGAUGUCGACUUCAUGUCGAUCCAGCAGGCCAAUGGCUCGGAAAGAAACGAGUCAGAACAGAAAGGAGACACCCACCAACAGCAAGGGCACUUGGAUGGAUAUUCUGUGUCCCAGGGAAAGAGAUCCAUAAGCUCGACAGAAUUUCAGGACAAUGAUGAUGUGAACGAUUCAGAGAGGGAUGGUGGUGGGUCUAAGGCUCCCGGUAAGAAGCGCGUUAAAUACAACGCGUCAAUGAGGUUUGCUUGUCCGUUUUAUAAGCACGAUCCCGAUAGAUACAAGGCCGCAAGAUCAUGUUGUGGGCCGGGAUGGGAAAGCGUUCACAGAGUCAAGGAGCAUAUAUUUAGAAGUCAUAGCGCGCCAGACUUUGUAUGUCAGCGAUGCUUUGAUGGUUUCAAGAGCCCUUCUUCACUCACUGCUCAUCUUCGCGACGAAGUACCAUGCAAAAUUCGACAGAGACCAAAACUGGCCUCAGCUAGUCAAGAGGCACUGCGUCUUCUUAGAUCAAGGUCAAAGAGGACGACAAAGUCUUUGACUGAGGAGGAAAAGUGGUGCAACAUGUACAAGAUCAUUUUCCCCAAUGACACACCAAUUCCGAGUCCUUAAAUGCGAUCACUACUUUUAAAAUUGAGUUUCACGGACGGCUCCUGGAGGAGCUUUCAUCAUCAAAGCUUGUAGAGCUUUCAUCACCGAAUAUGAUAG